UUUACAUUUUUCUAUUAAUUGAUAACAUAAACUUGUAAAAUUAUUAAGAUUUCUAAUGGCUCCGCAAAAAAUAAAUGUAAAAGAGCGGGUAUCUGAUGGAGAAAUUGACCUUAGCAUGUCAGAUUUACAAGAUGUUCCUGUUAAAGAAAUUGCAGUGUUCAAGAAGGCGACAAGUUUGGAUUUGUCAAAUAACCAUUUAAAAACUUUGCCUGACAAUUUCACGACACUAACACACCUAACAAAACUCGAUCUUAGCAAGAACCAGUUAACGGAAUUACCGGAAGAAUUUGGAGAUUUAGUUAAGCUUAAAUAUCUUGAUCUCUACCAAAAUAAAUUAGAAUAUUUACCUCUCAGCUUUCACAAGUUAAAAGCUUUGAGGUGGUUGGAUUUAAAAGACAACCCCUUGGUGCCAGCUGUCGCUAAAGUCGCAGGACCUUGUUUGGAUGCUAAACAGUGUCAGACUUGUGCAAGGGAUGUUGUGAGUUUCUUCACUCAGGUGCAAGAACAGAUUGCUAAUGAUUUAGAAAGUAGACAGAAGCAACGACAGAAGCAGCUCGAAGUAAAUCAGCAGAAACAAAUGGAUAAUAUCAAGAAGAAUAAAAAGAAAGAAAAAACUAAACAGAAAAGAGAAAACGGACCUGUUAAAGAAAAUCUCCCAAAAUCAUCUAACAAAAAAAAUAAAAUAGUUCCACCUUCUGCAAAGAAUUCUGAAAAAUCGUCCUCUUUCAUUAAACUGCUUUUAACUUUACUCAUUCUUACUGUAUCAAUUUUGUUUGUGUUAACUUCUGUAAAAUAUGAACAUACACGUAGUAUUGAAAAUUCUUGUGUAGACUUGUACUACAAGGCUGUAGAUUCUUUGUCUCCUAACAUGAAAGUGUAUGCAACAACCGUGGGGAGUUAUGUAAGAUUCGCUCAUGACAAGACUGGGAAUCUUACACUUAAUGUUGUGAAUUAUGCUAAAAAUUCAGAAAAGUUUGUAAAUGCAUAUGACACCUUUAGCAAAUAUGUAAUGACAAUGUUCCACAAUGUUAAAGAACAGUACAAAAAGAUUGUUUCUUGAAAGUUUUCUUGUGUUUAAACACAUUCUUUUUGAAUAAAAAUCUAAAAUCUA